AUGACUGAUCCCAUGAAGACUCUCGACGACUCAGGUCGUCCUGCACCUGCACCAGUCUCACGAAAGGUCUACGCAAUCGCUGGUAUCUCAGUAACCGUAUUCGGACUUGAAGAGCUUCGACCCGAGACCAAGAAUGUCGCCUGUCUCUGGUUACUUCAUCCUCGACUAGCAACGCAAGAGCGCAUGUCCGGCAUCGCAGCGUCCGCCAUUGGUGACUGGAAUAGCAAGCCCCAAUCGUCAACCAAGGGAUUGAUUGCUGUUUCGUUCGAUCAGAGAAAUCAUGGUACUAGACUUGUUGAUCCGUUGGCCAAUGAGGCUUGGAGACAAGGGAAUCCCCGCCAUGCGCAGGAUAUGUUUUCCGUUUUCCAGGGAACCGCUCGAGAUACAUCUUUACUGAUGGACUAUCUUGAAUCAUAUGUCUUUCCUAAAAAUGAACAUUACAUCUCAGAGAAUCUAGUUCUGGGUGUAUCUCUAGGCGGCCACGCCGCGUGGAGCUGUUUGCUUCAUGAUCCCCGAAUGACCUCGGGCGUCAUCAUAAUCGGAUGUCCCGACUAUCUAAAUCUGAUGAUUGACCGCGCCCGACUGUCCAAGUUGCCAUCGUGGACAAAGUCAACCCCGCCUGGAUCAGAGAUCCUAGGGUCAGAAGCAUUCCCAACUUCCUUCGUCGAUAUCGUCAAGGAAUACGAUCCUGCCAGCUUGAUGCUUGGGCCCAUGGACCCUGGUUCUUGUGGCCUUCCGCGUGAAGGGCCGUUGCCUGAGCCGACGGACAAGGAACAGCAGUUACUUCGACCGCUGUUGACACGGUGCCUCGCGGGUAAGCGCAUUCUGAAUAUGUCAGGCGGUAUCGAUAAGCUUGUGCCCUAUCACCGCGGAGAGGUUUUCUUAGAAUGGUUUAAAAAGGCCAUUGCGGCCAAUGGGUGGUUUGGAGACGGUGGUGUGACUUUCGAGGAUAUUAUUGAUCAGUCUGCUGGUCAUGAGGUGACUGCCAACAUGGUUGAUGAGGCUAUUCGUUUCAUUAGUGAGACGCUUGCAUCUAGCGAUGAGGGUAAAGAGCGGAGGGGUUCUGUGCGAGAAUCGAAGAUUUAG